AUGCAGUGCAACUGCCCGGUGACGCGGCCCGGCCCCACGCUCGCCAACGCGUGCGGCGGCUCCGCCUUCAUGCUCUUCAUGGGCCUGCUCGAGGUGUUCAUCCGGUCGCAGUGCGACCUGGAGGACCCCUGCGGCCGGCCCCAGUCGCGCGAGCGCGACCUCAACAACGAGUACGACUUCAUCGUGGUGGGCCUGGGCUCGGCGGGCGCCGUGGUCGCCUCCAGGCUGUCCGAGAACCCCCACUGGCGAGUGCUGGGCAUCGAGGCGGGAGGCAACGAGCCCACGGGCACGCAGGUUCCUUCCAUGUUCCUCAACUUCCUGGGCUCGGACAUCGACUGGAAGUACAAGACGGAGCCGGAGGACAUGGCGUGCCUGGGCGAGGACGAGCGGCGUUGCACCUGGCCACGAGGGAAGGUGCUGGGCGGGACGAGCGUGCUCAACGGCAUGAUGUACAUGCGCGGCAGCCGGCGCGACUACGACAACUGGGCGGCCAUGGGCAACACGGGCUGGGGCUACCAGGACGUCCUGCCCUUCUUCCUCAAGUCCGAGGACAACCUGCAGGCCGACACCAUGGACUCGGGGCUGCACGGCGUCGGCGGCCCGCUGACGGUCACCCAGUUCCCGUACCACCCGCCGCUGUCGCACGCCAUCCUGGCCGCCGCCAUGGAGAUGGGCCAGCCCAUCCGCGACGUGAACGGCUUCCAGCACACGGGCUUCGCCAUCGCGCAGACCACCUCGCGCAACGGGUCUCGCCUGUCCACCAGCAAGGCCUUCCUGCGCCCCGUCAAGGACAGGUCCAACCUGCACAUCCUGCUCAACACGACCGUCACCAAGAUCCUCAUCAACACGACCACCAAAGAGGCGUACGGGGUUGAGGUGAUCCGAAGCGACGGCACGCGCCAGAACUUCUACUCCAAGCUGGAGGUGAUCGUGUCCGGCGGCGCAGUCAACUCACCGCAGCUGCUGCUGCUCUCGGGUAUCGGACCGCGCGAGGAGCUGCAGCAGGUCAACGUGCCCGUCACGCACAACCUGCCCGGCGUGGGCCGCAACCUGCACAACCACGUGGCCUUCUUCCUCACCUUCACCAUCAACGACACCAACACCACGCCCCUUAACUGGGCCACCGCCAUGGAGUACCUGCUGUUCCGCGACGGGCUCAUGUCCGGCACAGGGCUGUCCGAGGUCACGGGCUUCAUCAACUCGCGCUUCAGCAACCCGGCCGACGACCACCCCGACAUCCAGUUCUUCUUCGGCGGCUUCCUCGCGGCGUGCGCGCGGACGGGGCAGGUGGGCGAGCGCGCCGACGGCAACCCCAACUCGAUGGCGCUCCGCACCGUCAACAUCUUCCCCGCCGUGCUGCACCCCAAGAGCCGCGGCUUCCUCCGCCUGGCCUCCAACGACCCGCUCGCGCACCCGCGGAUCUUCGCGCGCUACCUGUCGCACCCCGACGAUGUCACCAUGCUCAUCGACGGCAUCAAGUUCGCCAUCAGGCUCACGGAGACCGCCGCCCUGCAGAGGUACGGCUUCCGGAUGGACCGCACGCCCGUCGCCGGCUGUGAGAACCUCGCGUUCGGCUGCGACGCGUACUGGGAGUGCGCGGUUCGCCGCCAGACGGGGCCGGAGAACCACCAGGCGGGCUCAUGCAGAAUGGGACCCCCGGACGACCCCGGCGCGGUGGUCGACCCGCAGCUGCGCGUGCACGGGCUCGACCGGCUCAGGGUCAUCGACGCCUCGAUCAUGCCCGUCGUCACCUCGGGCAACACCAACGCGCCGGUCAUCAUGAUCGCCGAGAAGGGCAGCGACAUGAUCAAGAACCGCUGGCUUCAACGACACCCCAACACGGUCUUUUACAAGAAGUGAUGGGCCGGUGCCGGAGGAGGACCACAAAGGUCCUCGUGCUAAAGGCCACCCUUUUCCCCCUUUUCGAGGCCAUUGAAAGCCGUACCGGUACCGGGCAUGAGGGACUAAACAGCCCCAUUGUAUAUCUCGCUUGCGCACAUGUAGUCGACCCAGACAAAGUUCAGCGCCUUCGUGCAAGAGCGCUUUAGCUGGUUCGACUACGUCGCUUUCCAGCAGUGCAUAGGGAGGUGGAGGUGAAAUACACUGCCCAUGUGAUAGUGCAAGCAAAUUUUCAAUUCUAUCAAACAGUUUUUUUACAUUUUUCAAACAACAAUUGCACUGGAAGAAUUGAAGCACCUCCUCUCUGGUGCUGAAGUAUUAUAAUACAGUUGACAUUUUGAUCUCGCUCAACUAAGGUGGCUUUGUUAGACCCACCUUACUGCAUUUUAAUAUGCAAAUUAUAAAUUAAGUUUAGGUUCAGUAAUUUUGUUGUAAAGAAUGCUACUGUUUUCUUGUUCCACGAGGUCAUGAAAGUUAAAAUCAAUACUAGGCAAACAAAAUGUCACAUGGUUUUCUCUCGUAGAAAGGUUUUGGAGGUGCACUUGUUAUGACUGACAACAGAUAUAAAAGUGAUUUUUUAUUAUUUUCAGCCCCUGCCAUAGCCAAACAACAUAUCAUGACCAUUAAUCAAAAUUUUAAAGAAAUUCUACAGCUCACAUUGUGGAGUCUAUAAGUUCAAAUUUACAUGUUAAAUUACUAACCUAGUAAUUAUUGGUUGUAUGACUGUGCGUAUGGAAGAUUUGAAUGGAUGAGUGUAUGAGCAGAAUGGAUGUUCUAUGUAAAUUAUUAUGGACAAUCUAAUUAUUACAGUAGAUUUAGAUCAGAAAAAAUGAAAAGAAAUUUGAAAAUUAUAAAUUUAAACAUA